AAAUAUUCCGUUUAUAGGUUAAUGUUUAUCUCCCGGAACACAAGUGAAGUCAGUCAUCAAAACUUUUUCUGAGGAUGCACAAGUAGCCAAUCAGUGAACAGAAAGAGGGAAACUAUUAGCCAAUCGCAGUUCAGGAGGCGGGACCUGUCGGAAUGUUGGCGGGGAAAAUCACGCCAUGUUGUUGUUUUUUGUAAACCCGCCGUGAGUGGAGAAGAGCAGCGCGUAAGAGGGAAAAGAGCAGCUUUACACCUCACUGUGUCGGAUUAAAGUUCAGAGUUUUGGAGAUGCUGUUGGUCCCAGUUUAAUUAGAAAACUCUGGGGUCAGGGUUCAGCAGUGGAAGCAGUUUUAAACCAAUGAAAGAGUUCUCUGCAGUUGGAGUGACAUGGAUGGACAUGACGAGGUGUGUGUGGAGCAGGAGAACAUCUCUGACCACAUCCACACUAAAAUGUUUUGGUUUUAAAAUGAAAACCAUCUCCAUCCAGACCUGUGUUUUAGCUCCAUAUCAGAACAGGGCAGAGUUUGUGUGUGUGUGUGAGAGAGAGAGAGAGAGAGAGAGAGAGAGAGAGAGAGAUGGCAGAGGCCCACCAGGCUGUUGCAUUCCAGUUCACUAUCACUCCUGAGGGCUUCGACCUGCAGCUCUCUCGACAGGCCCUCAAUCAGAUCUACAUCUCCGGCCUGCGCUCGUGGAAGAAACGCAUCAGCAGAGUGAAGAAUGGUGUGCUGAAGGGUGUGUACCCUGCGAGUCCCUCCUCCUGGCUCUUUGUUGCCGUGGUGACCCUGGCCACCCUGUAUGCCGAGUCCGACCCCUCCAUGGGCCUCAUCUCUAAGAUCCGGGAUCACCUGCCGCUCAGUGUGUCUCUGAGCACUCAUGGACAGACGAUGUUGUCAGCGUUGUUAUUCAGCACUCUGUUAUGGCUCUCGCUCGUCCUCACCCUGCGCUUCUGUCUCAAGCUCCUCCUGUCCUACCACCGCUGGAUGUUCGAGCAGCACGGAUGCAUCUCCACCACCACCAAGCUCUGGGUGUCUCUGGUGAAGUUGCUCUCUAGCAGGAAGCCAUUGUUGUACAGUUUUCAGAGUUCAUUGCCGCACCUGCCUGUUCCUGCCAUCAGAGAGACCCUGCAGAGAUACCUGGAGUCUGUGCGUCCGCUGCUGAGCUCUGCUGAAUUUGAGCGAAUGAUGCGGCUGGCUGCUGAUUUUGAGAAGACAUUGGGAAAGCGUCUUCAGACGUACCUGAAACUCAAAGCUCUGUGGGCCACCAAUUACGUGAGUGACUGGUGGGAGGAGUAUGUUUACCUGCGAGGGCGGAGCCCCAUCAUGGUCAACAGUAACUACUAUGGAAUGGACUUCUUGUAUGUAACACCGACAGCAAAGCAGGCAGCUCGAGCAGGAAACACAAUCACAGCGCUGUUCCUGUACCGCCGUAAAGUCAACCGAGAGGAGCUUAACCCUAGCCGUGUUCCUGGGACAGUCAUCCCUCUGUGUGCAGCUCAGUGUGAACGCAUGUUUAACACCACACGCACUCCAGGAGAGGAGACAGACACACUGCAGCACUGGCAGGACAGUGAGUUUGUGGCAGUAUACCACAGGGGACGCUAUUUCAGGCUGUGGGUUUACUCCGCCGGCCGUCUUCUCUGUCCUCGAGAGAUCCAACACCAGAUCCAGAAAAUCCUGGAUGAUCCGACACCACCUGUACCAGGAGAGGAGAAACUGGGAGCACUGACUGCUGGAAACAGGGUUCCCUGGGCCCGUGUGAGGAAGCAGUAUUUCAGCUCAGGGGUAAAUAAGCGUUCUCUCGACUGCAUUGAGAAAGCAGCAUUCUUCGUCACUCUGGAUGAUGAUGAGGAAGGGAUGAAGGGUGAUGAUCCGGUCGGGAACCUGGACCGCUACGCAAAAUCUCUCCUACAUGGCAAGUGUUACGACCGGUGGUUUGAUAAGUCCUUCUCUGUGGUGAUUUUUAAAAACGGGAAGACUGGUCUGAACGCUGAACACUCCUGGGCUGAUGCUCCAACUGUGGCUCAUUUAUGGGAGUUCACUUUGGCCACAGAUGCGUUUCAGUUGGGUUAUGACACAGAUGGAAACUGUCGAGGUGAAGUGCAGCGCUCUCUACCUCCUCCUCAACGCCUCGGCUGGGACAUACCACCAGAGGUGCAGGAGCAGAUCAACGAAUCUCUGGCUGUGGCUCGAGCUUUGGCUGAUGAUGUCAACUGUCAUGUGUUUCCCUUCGGAGAAUUUGGAAAAGGAAGCAUUAAAAAGCUGAAAAUCAGCCCAGAUGCUUUUAUACAGAUGUCACUGCAGCUGGCAUAUUAUAGGGACCGAGGAGGUUUCUGCCUGACAUAUGAGGCUUCAAUGACGCGUUUAUUCAGAGAGGGACGCACUGAGACCGUUCGCUCCUGUUCUAAUGAGAGCUGUGCGUUUGUUCUGGCUCUGGAGGCUGGAGAGGGGAGGGAACAGUGCAUCUCCUUGCUGCGUAAAGCUGCUGAGAAACACCAAAAUCUCUAUAAAUUGGCCAUGACUGGUUCGGGCAUCGACAGACACCUUUUCUGCCUCUAUGUCGUCUCUAAAUACCUUGGAGUUGAGUCUCCGUUUCUCAACCAGGUGUUGUCUGAACCCUGGCGUCUCUCCACGUCUCAGACUCCUGUGCAGCAGUUGGAGCUUUUUGACCUGAUUAAUCAUCCUGAGUUCAUCUCACUGGGUGGAGGCUUUGGCCCGGUGGCUGAUGACGGUUACGGUGUGUCCUACAUUAUUGUUGGUGAGAACAUGAUCAACUUCCAUGUGUCGUGUAAAAACUCCUGCACACAUACAAACUCGCACAGGUUUGGCUCUCAGAUCAGCCAAGCUUUAAAGGACCUGAUGUCUCUGUUCAGCUCCAACUCUGAGAAACCAGUGGAGAGAAAACAGCCAUAAACUCCUGUGUGUGUGUGUGUGUGUGUGUGUGUGUGUGUGUGUGUGUGUGUGUGUGUACUUGCAACUUAUUAAGGACCAAAACACAUUUUCACUGAUAGAGUUUGGGCAUUUUUGUGAAGUGAGGACAUUUUCUCUGGUCCUCCCAUCUUCGAAGGGCUGUUUGAGGGAUAAGGGGCGGGGUUAAGCAGUUAGUUGUGAUGGUUGGGGUGAGGGGCUCAGGAUUGAAUUCUCUUAGAGUCCCCACAAAGAUAGAAGUACGUGUGAGUGAGACUGAGGUGUCAGAUGACGAGUGUGAACAUGGAGUCAGAAAACCAUUGGAGGAGAAAAGGCAGUAAAAGUAGACAGAAUAAACACACACAUGUGUUAACAGUGUUCAGUACUGGUGUAAGUGUUCGUGGAGGAGUUCUAAAGUUUCUGAUGGACUUGAUUCUCCACUUCACUCCUCUACACCUGAUGGAGUUUCUGAUGAAGCUGGUGUUGGGAAUCUGUUUGUCUUUUAUUCUGCACUUGUUCACAUGAUGCAGUGACAAUGCAAUAACUUCACUUGCUGUGUUAAAAUGCAACCACAAUGCAAAGGAUUUGGGUUUUACAUGCACAAACUUUGACUGCCAAAGCAAUGCAAACUCUCUCAACACAGGAGAAACAGAAUGCACACAUCUUUCCUGUUAAGUUACGGUGAAGGAAAAUGACCAAACACACUGUUUGUAUCCUGUGUGAGAGAGAGUGAAUUUAAUUCCUGAACUUUUCCAGCUUUAAUCAUAUUGUAAACAGAGAGAGUUUUGUUUCUGUAUAAAUAAAACUUUAGUGUUGGA